AUGUCUAUGAUACUCCCAGCAGUGUUCUGUUCCUCAUCGGAUUUCCGCAGAUGGCUCAUCUUCAGCACGUCGACCGCCGACGACUUCGAUUAUGCACGACCAGAGCUCUUCGGACUGCAUUGUCCGUCCAGUUACACGAUCACUUACAAGAAAACGAUUCAACUCGGCUUGUGGUACAUCCCCCCGAGGGGUGGGCCGUGUGCCGAGGAAAUCAAGGACUGCUGCAAGAAAGGACCAGUCUUCAUAUACUUCCACGGUCUGCCUGGACAUCGUGGACAAUUUUUGAACAUACCGCGCUUCCUGGCUGAGAAUAUCAACGCCCAUGUGUUCACUUUCGAUUAUCAAGGUUUCGGGGAGAGUUCAGAGGGCCUCCCAACUCGACAGACCCUACUGGAAGACUCGCUCGCGAUACUCGAUACUGUUUUGGACGUUGUCCCUCUGGAGAGGAUCUUCUUCUGGGGUCACUCUUUCGGAGCUCCAAUCGCCGUUGAUCUGGCGGCGAACAUCUCCGAGCCUUUUGGGGGCAUCAUUUUGGAAGCGCCGCUGUCAGACGUAGCGCGUCGCAUCGAACUCGGCAAAGAAAUGAACACGAUUCUGCCUGCAUUCAAAACCUGCGUCGUCGAGUCAGCGAGGGACGACGAUACCAUCAAUUACAACUCGACGAGAUCGUUGCAGCGGGUGUCGCUCGAGGUACCGGUAUUGAUCCUGCACGCCUCUGACGAUGAAGAAGUACCGUUUGAGUUGGGUCGGGACCUCUACGAAGCCUGGUUCCGCUUUCGUGCUGAUAACGGUGGGGCUUUUGUCUCGAUGCUCGCCUUCGAAAAAGAUUUCGGGUUCGGACAUAACGAUAUCCAUAAGUAUGACAAACUACAAGACGUUGUGCGUCAGUUUCUUUUCCGGGUCCCUCUGCAAUGA